AUGACGAAUGACCGUCACCGAACGCCGUUCUCAGAACGAGACAAUCUGGCGUCGCGCGCUUCUGAAGGCUGUGGGAGUUGUAAAUAACUCUAUAUAUAUGCCGAACCUUGACGAACAUAAAACUCUAAGCGAAUCAUGUGAAGUUGUUAACAGAGUAAACACAUUUUUUUCGGAUUUUGAUAGUUAAACUAUACAACUGUUUUUUGUGUUUAAUGUUAAUAGUUAACAAACAACAAGAGCGGAACGGGUUUGUUGACAUGAUAUAACAUAAUAUUGUGCGAUCGUAUGGUUAGCAUGUUACAAAAUUAUAUCAUUACGAUAUAAAUUAAUAUUACAGCAUAAAGAUCAGAAAUGAAGGUGUACGACAGUGAUAAUAUAUUAAAACCUAUGAAAAUAGUAGUAAACAUACAAUAAUUUCGAAAAAUCAACACUUUAAUACUUUAAACCAAAGCAUACUAGUAGCUUAAACACCUUUUUAUACACUUAAAAACAAAGUUGUACACUUAAAGACAACUAUUAGCUUGUCUCAAAAAGAAUAGCCAAUUUUUUCGUACAAAUCAAGGUUCAAAUCGGCCAUUCUUUUUGGAACAACCUAAUACAUCCGCUUUGAGGAAGUAGAUGUCGCAACCCAACGAUAAGUCUAUUUAUCUCCAAAAGAAAACGAACGGUAGCGGUUUGAUCCGACUUCUUUAACGGUCAAAUGACUGCGUCCGAUUUACUUUGAAAACAUAACUUGUUUUCUCACCUAACACAAGCAUUUUUAUAAGCAUAGGAAAACAACCGCGACAAUUUUUGAGUUCUGGUAAUUCGAAGAAAUAACAAUUACUCAUCGCAUUACAACUAACUAUAAUUAAUGGCCGAAAAGUUAUGAUGAACGGAGGGAAACUGUGUAAAAUAUGAUGAGCUGUCCACAUUUUUGGAAUUCCAAUGUAAGGCAAACGUAAAGAAGUUUUGUUAAGGUAGGCUUGAAAGUUAAUCUCGCGAAAAUCUAGAUCAAACAAUUAAGUUUUGAAUUUCCCGCCAAAUUGGCAUUGUGUUUUAAGCGGAUAACUUUGUCAUUUUUUGACUGUCAGUCAUUUUUCUUCGGUGUACCAGUAGAAAAUCUUUAAAUGAACCUACGUUUUUAAAUUUGUAAACGUAGCUUGUCUCGAAAGUAGAAAAAGUAGCUUGAAACACAAUGCCAAAUGUUGGCGGAAAAUCAAAAAUUUCAAUUUUAAAACCCAGGCGCGAGCUAAAAUUUUUUAUAGAUAUUAUUGGUGGUGCAAAGAAUUUAUAUAAAAACUUUGAGCUGAUUGUGAGGGUGACUUUAAUUUUAACGUUAUAUGCACUAUAUCAAGGUGCUUAAAUUAGACUGACAAUGAAGCGUACUAUCUGAGUUAGAAAGGUCAAAAACUUAAAUGCUUCUCCACAAAGCAAAAUAAUUUUAUCAAUAUAAUGAAUAUCAACAUCAAUUUGUUGCAAAAGCUACAACAAUAAAGAUAAAAAUAGCUACCAUAACGUAGACCUUGUUAAGAGUGCUUGCAACUUACUGGUACCGGUCAAGCAGAUAACAACACUCAUAAACCAAUUCGGACGGGGUGGUCGCGGCAAUAAAAACUGUUUUACAAGUGUUUCGAGCAGCGUUUUAUGGCCGUUCUAACUUUGAAACAUUCUUUGCACUUUUAAAUUUUGAAAUUUAGAAGGGUUAGUGUAAUUUGCACUUUUAAAAUUUGGGUUUAAUUAAUAUAAGAAAAUUGAUAUAAAUUUUGAAAAAAAAUUUAUACCAAACCCAAAAACUUUGUUUCCAGACCACAAACGCCUUGAACAAACCCUCGAUUCGUGCCAGUUAUGCCUGGAGUCGCAUUGCAUCGACAAGCUAACGAUUGUGGCCGUGGGCUUCAAGGUAAGAUUCCAGAAUUAAUUGGUCAUUAACUUCAACUCAAGGUUAACCAAUUCUUUUACAAAUUCGAAAGGAAUUACAGUGUAAUGCAAGAAAUAAUGAGUAGCAAAGGUUUGUAACUAAUAUGGCUGUUAGUUCCGGGUUUUUGAAUUGGUUUUUGAUAAGAGAUUUAUAUAGAAUGAAAGAGCAUGAAAAGUUAUCAAGAAAAUCAUUUUCACAAACUGCUAAAUGACUUUGGCUAGCGAUGAAAAUACGUAUAUUACUAAUAAGUAUAUCUUUGUAGACAUGAGCAACGGGCCGGGCCUGAGCAAAAUCGAAAACGGGCCGGGCUUGAAAAUUGGGCCCGGGCCCGAAAAAAAAUUUUUUUAAUUUUUUAAAAUUUUUUAUUUCAAUUCCCGUUUAUGUUUUUCGAUUUUAUUGGAUUCUAUGAUCUAUAAAUGACCUAAAAAAACAAUUUAAAGCCAAAUUUCCGUUUAGUUUUUGUUUUAAAAUUUUUUAAAACGGGCCGGGCCUAGAAUUUUUCUGAUCGGGCCGGGCCGGGCCUGACCAAAAUCAAAAACGGGCCGGGCCUGACCAAAAUCAAAAACGGGCCGGGCCUGAAAUCUAGGCCCGGCCCGUUGCUCAUGUCUAUAUCUUUGAGAUCGAAAAGUAAGUUUUUUAGUAAAUUUUAAAAGUAACUAAAAGCAUAAAAUACGAUUAUAAAUAUUUCCUUUUGUUCGGCUAGCCAAAACGUCUUGUCAAAAUGGCAAAACGCCAAAGUGAAAUCGGCGGGAUUUGAACUUCUUCUGCACGCCAAACUAACCUAUUAACCUUUCGGCCACGUUGGAUUGACGUCUUAAUUCUAAGUUUUGUUUGUUCACAUAAUUCUGUGCUCAUAAUUCUUCAAAUUUGCUGUGAUAUGUGACGCAGAAUUAUGUAAGAAACCUCUUAAUUUUUUUUACUUCUGACGUUUCGCUAGCCAGGAUUGUUUAGUAGUUUUUGAAAAUGGUUUUCUGGGUAACUUUUCAUGCUCUUUCUUCCCAUAUAGGUCUCUCUUUAGAAACCGGAGGAAAACUUUGUGCCUCCGUUGUGCAUUUUUUAAAAUUUAAGAUAAUUUUUAUGUCAAAAUUUUUAAAAAAAUUUUUGUUGAAAAAAGUCUUUGCACCGUGCAGUUGAAACUUUGCACUAUGCUGUUCUCAUUAAUCUUUUUGUAAUGACAAUUUUACGUUGUUAUUGCAAACGUCAUACAAUGUUGUUAUUGUUCUCGAUAACAAACUUGCUCGUUAUUACCGUGCGGCGCCGUUCCGUCUUCUUCGCUGCACAUUCUUUUGCAUUACAAUUCGAACAUAAAAACCGUGAAAUCUGAAGGUUGUGGCGAUACCGUCAAUCAGCCUUUUUGUCAAUCAAAAAAAUAUUCGGCGACUGAUAUGGCGACGAGUACUUUUUCGGUGUAAAAGCAUUAUUAAUUUGGAUUACAAUAUAAUCUUUGAAGAGAUAAAAGUGUAGAUGUGUUAUCGAAGGUCAGAAAUGCAGUUUCAAGAGUAUGUAAUAGACAAUUAGAAUACUCUUAAUUGAAAAAAGAAGAUGAAAGUUGGAAAAGUCGAAGAAAAUUUAUUUUACAGUGGUCUCUAUAUAUAGUGAACCAUCUGUACAAGCAACUUUCUUUAUAGUAAACAAGAAAUUUGGCCCGGCAAAGUCAAUUUGCACUACAAAUUACUUUGUAAUGACAACAUCCUUUAUAGUAAACCCAAUAAGGUUCUUUUGGGUUGCUUAUAUAAAGAGAUUACUGUAAUACUAAAGACUAAAGAGCUUAAUUUUAGCUUUCGUAAAGAAAGUUAUUGCUAUUUUUAAGCUUGUAAAGAAAGUUCUUGUCAUUUUCUGUUUUGUAAAGAAAGUUCUUGUCAUUUUCUGUUUUGUAAAGAAAGUUCUUGCCAUUUUCUGUUUUGUAAAGAAAGUUUUUGCCAUUUUCUGUUUUGUAAAGAAAGUUCUUGCUACUUUUAUAAACCAUUUUUUCGAAAAUAAUUUUUUAAAUUUUUUUUGCAAAAGAUGCGCUCCAAGUUGUAGACUUGACAUAAAAAUAGAAGUCACAUGAUGUUAAAGUGUAAUCGGCGAUAUAUUGCUGAACAUUUCAAAUUUGACAAAGAUAGAUAUCGUUAACAGAUUUGACGUCCUUUUGAUCACUCUCUUUCAAACGUGUUAACAGAUUUGAUUUAUAAACCUACUGUAAGUGUGGAAUGUAGAAUUGAUUGACAUCUAAUAGGUCAUAAGCUUGCUACUUGGUUUCUAAUUUUUUGGGGUUUUAGGCUUUUAAACGCAAGAACUUUCUUUACAAAACAGAAAAUGGCAAGAACUUUUUUUUACAGUAUGAAGAAUGGCAAGAACUUUCUCUACAAAAUAUAAAGUUGCAAGAACUUUCUUUCCAAAGCAAAAAAUGGCAAGAACUUUCUUUACAAAACAUAAAGUUGCAAGAACUUUCUUCACAAAGUUAGAAAUGGCAAGAACUUUCUUUAAAAAAGGUAAAAUAGCAAAAACUUUCUUUACAAGACGAUAAAUGGCAAGGAAUUUCUUUAAAAAACAGAAAAUGACAAGAACUUUCUUUACAAACUGUAAAAUGACAAAAACUUUCUUUACAAAAAAUUGGGGUCAGGGACAGUUAGGAGUGAAAAACGGGCCGGGUUAAAUAGCAAAGUCCGGUCUUACUUUUCAAGCUGUGCUCCUAUCAACUUUUGCUCAAGGCAGGAUCGGCCUGAUCGCAGUGCUAGUUCGGGCCUACACGGCACGUUUCAUAGGCCCGGUGGGAUCCCUUUCAGUCUACCUUUAUACCUUUUCUAUGCUCUUUCUUGAGCCUACAUGUCAUUUUUAAACUUAUGCUACAUAUAAUUUCAGACCUACCUAGCAGUAGUGCCAUGGAAAGGCCUAGACCAAUUCCAUUGUCGUAUCAUACCAUCGGAACACUACUCAUCACAAGUUACUGUAGAUGAAGAUGUAUUCGCUGAGCUGAGACUAUGGAGGAAAGGAUUGGUAGCCAUGUUCAAGGAUCAAGAUGACGAAGAUUGUGUAUUCAUUGAAACGGCCAAAAACGUCAAAAACACUAUUCAUAUGGCUAUUGAAUGCGUACCAUUACCAAGAGAGUCGGGCGAUCUGGCACCAAUUUACUUCAAGGUAAGGGGGUUUGAAAUUGUGCGGCUUUGGUACUGUUUGAGGUGUUUUGGAACUGUUACAAGUUUUUUGGUACUUUUUCCCGAAUUUUAUGGUACCAUAGAGGAAUUUAGUACUAUUUGGAAUUUUUUAGUACUACUAAAAUAUUUUUGGUACUUGUUACGGUGCUUUUUUGAGCUGUACUACUAAAACUUCUUUGGUACUAUAUAUUAAACGUUUCGGAACUUUUUGAAAUUUUUUGGUACUGUUUUGAACUCUUGUAGUAUUUUUUGAUAAUCUUGGUACGAAUGAAGAUUUUCGGUACUAUUUUCAAAUUUAUUUACGGUGCUUUUUGAAAGUGUACUACUAGAACGUUUUUAGUACUAUAUGAACCCUUUUGGUACUGUUUUGGACUAUUGUAGUACAUUUUCAAUCAUUUUGUUACUAUUGAAAAUUUUUGGUACUAUAUGGAAUCUUUUGGUACUGAAUAAACCUUUUUUGUACUGUUUGAGCUUUUACAGUACUAUUUGAACGUUUUUGGUACUGUCGAAAUUUUAUAAUACUGUCUGAAGUUACGUGAUACCUUUUAAUGUUUUAGUACUUGUUUUGGAAUAAUUAGUACGACUUAUAAUUUGUACACCUUUUAAAAAUUUUGAUACUUCUUGAAAAGUUUAGAACGGUUAUGAUUUUUGUAAAAUACGUUUUUUAAAUGAAUAAUGGUUUUAAAUAUAUCUUCAGCAAUCCCUAGAACAAGCCGGCGAACGGUGGGGUACUCAUCGCAAAAUAAUCGACCUGUCGACAACCAAAGAGAAAUCCGUCAGAAAAGCAAUUCCACCUGGAUUUUCAUAUUUCUCAAUCGACUUCGGCCUACAACCAGGAUAUGCACAUGUUAUAGAAAGUGAAGAGAGCUUCCCGGCUCAUUUUGCACAGGUAAUGAUAGAAUGGCAAGAACUUUUUUUACAAAACUGAAAAUGGCUAGAACAUUCUUUAAAUAAAUUAAAAUGGUAAUAACUUUCUUUACAAAACAAAAUUGCAAGAUCUUUCUUUACAAAACAAAAAAUAGCAAGGACUUUCUUUACAGAACAAAAAAACGGAAAGAACUUUGUUUACAGGGAUUAAAAUAACAAGAACUUUCUUUACAAAACAAAGAACUAAAAAACAUUUUUUCAGGAAAUCAUAGCCGGUAUGUUGGACCUGGACCAUAAGGUAUGGCGUCGACCAGAAAAAGAAACCCAAGACUCGUUGAAACAGAAAAGAGAUGCCUUCCGGGAACGAUGGGCAGCCUUCGACUGGACUGAAAUGGCCAGGAAACGGGUCAACGACGAAGGAACCAGUGCUGAAUAG